AUGAACAUCCACCACAGCGACAAUAGUGAAAACCAACCUGCCGAUGAGAAUGAACAGCAAUUCCGAGCCGAUUUGGCGAACAAGAUCGAUCGGACGGCGUUUGAUCCCAAGCAAGAUAAGGGAGAGCGUCGUCGUUUGCGUAAAAAGUAUCGCUCCCUGAUUGGUGAAACUGAAGGCAAUAAACGAGAACUCGCUCAAACAACCUCUGAAGGCCUUGACAACAACCUGGAUCGAGGAAAUAAGCUCUUUAAAGAAGUGCGUAAUCCAUUGGAAGCUGUUCUUGAUUCACGGUUCAUGACAUUGACGGCUGAUAUUGCAACACAACGAGCUCGGAAUGCCAACAUUGGUAACGCUGCAUUUGAUGCCGACGAAUUCAUCUCCAAGAUCAAGCGAUUCGGCACAUGUCCAAACGCACGCGAAUUGGAUGAUUUGGAUUGGAAAAGCAUCGGUUAUCGUGCAGCUGCCCAUAGCGACAGGGUCACAUCAAUAGACUUUAUGCUGGGUCCUCUCAAGACUGAAAAGAAAGAACGCAAAACGGCUGGUCGAAGGAAUAUUAUUCGGAUGGAUACGAAUGCUGUACGACCCACCCAGUUGGAUGAAACAGAUUUACAAAACCAAGAAAACGAGACAUCUGCCAACGUCAAUGAGAUUUAUCGACUUCUCAAUGAACGUGGUCCUUACAACUACCUAAAGUUCGUCACCAAUCCAACGUCUUUUUCACAAACGGUCGAGAAUAUCUUUUACGUUUCAUUUCUGAUUCGUAAUGCAUUAGCCGAGAUUGAUGAUUCGACUGGAGAACCCAUGCUCAGUAUCUGCUCACCACCCACUGAAGACCAGAUUGCCGAUGGCGUGACCAAAUCACAGCUCAUCAUGAAUAUGGAUAUGGCUUUAUGGAAAGAGAUCAUUUACACAUACAACCUUCAGAGCUCUGUCAUCCCUACGCGAACCAAAUCACCCCUCGCUGUCGCUGGUACUAAAUGGUACUAG